UGAGGCUGUUCCUGGCGGGCUGUAAGGGGUGCUGUGGGGUGAGCGAGUGUUGGAACGUGGUGUGGGAGCGUUGCGAGUGUUAGGAGAGCAGUUUACUGAGGAGGGGCAGCGCUGCUCACCUUGUGUGAGACGUUGAGUUUGGACCGCGUGGCGUUGGCUGCCCCUGUGUGGUAACACCACAGGGGGGCUUUUGUAAAGAUGAGGUGGAGAUAAGGCCGAGGUGCUCUCAUGACCUGCUGUGUUUGUGAUUAAUGCUUGGCUGUCCGUUUUCCCAGCCAGGACUCCGUGGAGUCUGCAGAAUGUUGCUAUUUUCACAUCGUAGCAGCAGUAUCUAGAGUUUGGUCAUCACUGUGGAAUUCCUGGUAUGAGAAUGCAGAGCGUCAGAGUAGAGAGUGGAUCCUUGCUGAACAACUGUAAUCAUGAAGGCAGUUCUUAUAAUUGUCCUGAUCAUCUUCACUUUGCUGUGUUCAGGGAAAAAGUUUCGAUGGUGCACCCUCUCUGAUCUAGAACAGAGAAAGUGUGCUGAGCUGUCCAAAGCACUGACAGCUGUGCUGCCUGUCACUAGCACCGAUUCGUUUGCCAGGAUGUCUUGCAUCAGAGCCCACAAUACAUAUGACUGCAUUGAUAAAAUCAGAGUGAAUAAAGCAGAUGCUGCUUCUCUGGAUGCAGGAGAUGUUUACUCUGCUGUAAAGCUGUAUGGUUUGACCAUUGUGGCAAAGGAGAUCUAUGAACAGGGAAAUUGUGUUUUUGCUGUGGCUGUUGCCAAACGAGGAACUUUGGAUAUCCAGAGGCUACGCGGUGUGCGCAGCUGCCACAAUGGAGCCAGAUGGACCUCAGGCUGGAAUAUUCCACUUGGAUUUCUCCUUGCAAGGAAUGAUCUUUCCUGGGAUGAGGGACAACCCCUGAGCCAAGUAAUCAGUGAGUAUUUCAAUGCAAGUUGCAUCCCUGGAGUUGGUGUUGCUGCUCCUCAGCUGUGUGCUCUCUGCCAAGGACAAAAGUCAUAUAUCAGGGACAAGAACCACUUCUGUGAGACCAGCAGCAAUGAACCCUUCUAUGACUCUGAUGGAGCUUUCAGGUGCUUGAAGGAUGGAGUUGCAGAUGUUGCCUUUUUAGAUCACCUGACAAUUAUGAGAGCCACAGAGUCAGAACAACAAGAAUAUGAACUCUUAUGUCCUGAUGGAACUACAGCUGAGCUGAGCAAGUACAACACCUGUAACUUGGGCAAGGGGCCUGGCCGUGGCAUCAUCACCCGCCACAACUUCCAAAAGAUCACCAACAAAUUUCUUACCAUGAUCCAACGUCUCUUUGGUCGAAAAGGAAAGGAAAGAGCCAGAUUUGAACUUUUCAAUUCAUCAUCCUUUGGAGGGAAGAACCUUCUCUUUCGAGAUGCCACUCAGCACCUGCAACUUCUCCAGGAACAGCUAGAAAUUGCAUAUGUCCUUGGUCUGGAUUAUGUAGCUCUCCUUAAGGGACUAGGUCAUGAAGGGAGCUCCUUGGACAACAGAGUUGUGCGCUGGUGCUGCAUCAGUAAUGCUGAGCUUCGCAAAUGUGAGGAGUGGGCACUGAGCAUCAAAUCUGACCCAUUAGUCUGUGUCCAAGCAACUUCCAUGGCAAGCUGCAUUGAAAUGAUCAAGAGUAGUGAGGCUGAUGCAGUCACUCUGGAUGCAACCCACGUCUACAUUGCAGGGAGGUGUGGAUUGGUGCCUGUAGCUGCAGAGUGUUAUGGGCAGGUUUGUGCUCCAGCUGAUGAGAGCACAGAGGAAAUUAGCAAACUUCAUCUGAAGCGCAAAGGACUGUCACCUGUUUAUGCUGUAGCCCUAGCUAAGAAAAAUGCCAAACAGAUUAACAUCCAUAACCUGCGGGGGAGGCGAUCAUGUCACAGCCACUUGUACAGUCCUGGAGGAUGGUUACUUCUUUCCAGAUACACAGUGGGACCUCUGGAAAACAUUACUGAAAACUGUGAUAUCGGAUCUGUUUACCAGAAUUACUUUUGGAAGGGCUGCAUGCCAGGAGCAGAUGGAAACCUGUGCAAAGUGUGCAUUGGAGACACUGAGGUGGAAGGAGCUCGAGUAUCCAGCAGAUGCGCUGCCAGUCACAAUGAACACUACUAUGGCAAUAUGGGAGCACUCAGGUGCUUAGUUGGCAAUCCCAGUGGAAGAAGCUUUGGAGAUGUAGCUUUUCUGGAACACUCAAACCUACUCUGGAAUAUAGAGAAUCUGGAAAGCUCUGGUUGGGCAAAAGGUUAUACAGCUGUUGACUUUGAACUCUUGUGUCCGGAUGGAACGCGUGCUGCAGUCACCGAAUGGGCUGGCUGCAACCUUGGUCCAGUUCCUCCCAGCACAGUCAUGACUCGACCAGUCACUGUCACUAAAAUCUAUGACUUCCUAAUGAAAUCUCAGGAAUUUCUGGAGACCAAACUGGAUUCUGAAUUCCGUCUCUUCCAGUCACAAAAAUAUGGUGAGAGUGAUCUGCUUUUCAAAGAUGCCACUCAGUACCUUGUUCCUGCAACUCACAUGAGCUAUCAGGAAAUCCUUGGAGAACCUUUCUUUCAGCUGGCAGAAUCAGUGUUUAAUUGUACACCUGCAGGCAUCUUAGACUUUUGCAAGCAGGAUAUCUGUGCCUCCUCAUCGAUCUGACAGCUGCUAUAAAGGCUUUGCAAGGCAUGAGCUUUCACCAAUGCUGAAAACAAAGAACUAGACUAGUCCUGCCUAUCCAGAGCAAUCUGCAAGGAAACUGGCACCUCUGGACACAUAUGCUGGUUAUUCUUUUGUCAUAACCUUUGUUUUCUUUAGAAAGUAGAUUUUAUGUUUAUGAUCAUGUAAUACUACUGCUAUGUCAUCCCUUUCUUGUUUGAAGCACGGAAUUGUGUGCAGCAGCUUUCACCAGUCCUCAUAACCCACAGCACAGAACUAGGAUCAGCAGUUCUGAUUGCCUACUAUGGAGGAUUCAGCAUUUUGGGGGACUAGCAGGGUCAGUGCAGUGGAUUAAAGAAUGGACUGUCACGAGUGGCGCAGGUUAGUGGGUAGCAGUUCACCUUGCUUUACCUGUUUUAUCUUCUAAAAUUUGUUUCCAUGCAAAAAGUGCAACUGAUAUUGCAUGGAAACUGAUAUUGGUGGUUGCAGAAUUAUCUUCCUGUAUUGCAAUUGCAGCCCAUGUUGAACACACACACGUAUGAUAGAUGGUUUAUGUAAUCACUAUCAGAAGUCUCUUCUGCUUUUAACUGGCAAUAACACAUUUCCUUUUUUUAAUCAAGGAUUUAUACCGGGUAAAUCAAAAUCUUUUUCUCUCAAAUUCAUGUUGUAAGACAUGAAGUAACAAGUGGACCUGGAUUCCUGCAGCCUUAAAUUGAAGGGAAGCAAUGGAUAUAUGAGGGCUGCUCCAAAAGUAAUGCCUUCUAUUUUAUUGUGUUGGCCCAUGAUGUUAGGUUUGGAUGUUGGUGGUACAGCAGUAGAGGCUGAACCUUCCCACAAUUAUUGUUACGUCCUAUUGCUGUGUGACAGAUGGCAGCAGAGAAGGAUUCUUGACAGAAUGGCGUCUGAUGUGAUGCAAAGGUGUAUAAUUGAAUUUCUCCAUGUGGAAAAAAAUGGCACCCUUGACAUCCACCAAUGCUUGCUGAAUGUUUACAGAGACUGCACAGUGGCUGUGAGCACAGUGAGGGAUGGGUGGUGUGUUUCAGCAGUGGCAACAGUGGGUCAACUCCACUGGUGUAUGUUUUUACAAGUGUGGCAUGCAGGUUCUCGUUCAUUGCUGACAAAAACACACAGCUAAAAGUGGUGACUGUGUUAAAAAACUGUUUCGUAGCUGAGAGUUUGUUCUAUCAGAUAGUGUGAUUGUAGCUGUUAUUUCCAUGGAAAUGAAAAGGAGGCAUUACUUCAAAGCAACUCCCAUUCUUCUCAGAAGCACAAAUCAUUACUUUAUAGUAACUACAGUGACACUUCUACUGUCAAAAUACAAAUUUUUAAUUAAAAAAAAAUUCAGCUUUUUUUUUUUUUUUUUUUACACACAGAAACUGUCUGAAUGUGAUAUCAAGUCUUAUCAUGCACUGUGUUGAAAUCAUAGUUUUGUUUUGCCUGUUGGGGGAGGACUUUGUGUGAAUGACUACUCAUUUCAUUUUCCAACAAGUGUUAUGACCUACCCCCAUGCUGCCUGAUCAGGCAAAUUGAACUCAAUUAAAAUAAAUACAACAGCACAAAGACCAAAACAGCCAGCUUAAACCCAAAUGUCACAGUCUUGCUCUAUAAAUACAGUUGCACUAACCCCUGCUAUCAAUAAGAGAAAGGGCAUAAGUGAAGACUGGCCAGCUGCACUAGAGAAAGUAAAUCUACCUCCCCUACAGGGCAAGGGAAAAACCCCACAAAGCAAUAAAACCCCUCAAUCAAGCAAAACUAGCCAGUAAGAGCUCAAAAAUACUGUUGUAAAAUACAGUGCUAGAGUGACCUGUUUUUAAGCAGCUUAUUUCAUGCCUAGGUUGCUUUUCCUUUGAUUUACAUUAGCCUUUUUCAUUUCCCUUUUUUGCUUCCUGAGAAAAAAGUAAAUUGCACUUUGAGCAGCACAGAGGGUUUUGGAUGCAGACCAUCAGCAUUGAGGAUGGUCUCUAACUCAUUUGUCCCACACUUGUCAUUAACUAAGCAAAUAGCAGAAAGCAGAUGCAAAUCCAAAGCCGUGUACCUUUAAGAAAGAAAGGAGAGAAAUAAAAUGUAGACAAGUCGCAGUAUGGUAGCAGAACAAAACCUUCACGUGUGGCAUCACAGCCGGGAAGCUGUAGCUCUGAUGGAGUGGAGGAAGAGCAGGGUCUAUUGGAGGUCUUUGGAGCGCUCCUUUCCUUUCUUUACUGGAGCUUACAUGCCACCUGCAGGACUCGCAUAACAUUGCACUUCAAUCACAGGAACAGCUUCGCCGAGAGCGAGAAUGCUGCUGAAUAUGUAGUACACUGAAACCUGGGUUAUAGGCAUGACUUAAUGGGCUGUGGGGGAGGGGAAUUACUUUCUGUUACAGCUCUUACAAAAGCUUGUGGAGCCCUGUUUGAUGUUCCCAUGCUUCAACUUUGAGUUAGAAGCAGGGGUUUGAUUUCUUUCACAGAUUGCAUUAGAUGUGAACCGUGGUGCUGCUCCAGCUUUGAAAUAGUUGGUUCCAAACCUAGGGGGAAUGGUCUGUGCUGUCUCGAUGUUAGUAUUAUGAAGAGUAGUUUGGUGGUUCAGAGUGUGCUUUAUAGAGCACAGGUCCAUCUCUGUUUCUUUUACAGUAUGGCUAUAGGAAAAUCAACACUGGAAUUGCUGCUGCAUACCUCACUAACAGCCCACCCACAUAAUUGCUGUCAGUCUCUUUGGAGAUUGGACCUUUUUCCCCACAGCUGUAGGACAGAUGUAUUGUGUGCAUUUACUAAUACAAGCCUGAAGAAGGCUUAAAAACAAACAAAAACAACAGAAAGGGUCUCAGAAAAAUUUAUUUCCAUAAAUUAAAAACACACAAAAGAAACAGUAAAAUUUUAAAUUCACACAAAGUUGAACAAAUAAAAUGCCAAGAGCUUGAUGGAGGCUAAUGGCACAGGCGUACAAAUUCUCACUGAGCUAUUUGUUGACAUGAUAGCACUGUAUAGACAUUUAAUCCACAGUUAGCAUCCAUAUCCUAGAAAAGCACCUGGAACACAAUAUGCCAAAGGCCCGAAUCGUAUGAAAUACAAUAAAUGAGAACUGCUUGCAGAAGAUCAUAUCCAGCAAACAUCAGAACUCAAAUGUAUGCAGCUACAAGGCCAGGCAGGCAAACUUCCUAAUGUACAUUAAGUAGUCUUAGCUGCUCCAGUUGCAGCAUGAUGAAAAUAAGAUUUUGUUUUUAAGAAAAAAACCCUAACCCUCAUAAUCAGCAAAUUUAGUAAAAAGAGCUGCCUGUCUCUGAAAAACAACUGCUAUGCAAUGGUGCAACGCCAAAAGCUUUGCGUUUCUUCUCAAGCUGCUCUAGACAUCAUUCUGUGAGCCAUAUCUAUCAAUAUCUUUCCAUGAUGUUACAAGAAAAAAAAAUUUGGGAGUAGGCUCUAUGAAAAGAGAGUUGUAGACAUUCUUCCACUAGGGAAGUAUUUUAGACUCCCAAACAUUCUCUCUACUUUUUUCCUUCAAUAACCUGAGACAGAAGCAGCCCAGAGUGGCAGUUACCUACCUUUGCACCAUCAUCACUCCCAGUGUACAAAGAACAGCCACAAGGAACAAGGUUGUUCUGUGAGUGUUGUAAAUAGGGACAGGGGUGGGAGAGGGAAAAAAGUGCACACGCAUGACUGACAUCUGUUCCUGAGGAGGAUAGGGGGAGGAAGAAAAAAAAAUGCUUUGUCUCAAUUAGCUUACGACUCUACCAUACAAAUAUUAAACCAAAUCAGAAUAAUUCACAGACCCUAAGGUCUGAGACAACCUAGGCAACUGCUACAUCAUCUUCUUACUCCUGCAAUUAUUGUAAAUAAAAGGGGAUCAAGUGUUUUCUUUCUUAUGCCCCCUCUGCUGUAACUAUUAAAAAGUUAAGAAGUGUGUUGUUUCAAAGCAAUUAAUUAGAUACAAGACAGAGCAAGGAAGCAGACAAAAAAAAAAAACAAAAAAAAAACAACACAAAAAUUUCCAUAUUUUGAAGCGCAUCAGAAGCCCGAACUUUGCUUGGGCCCAACUCCCUCCCUCUCACCCUGUUUUCUUCAAAGCCCCAAUGAGGUUACAGCUCAGUUCUGUCACAACAGUAAAAGCCUCCCAUUUUAACAGAAGGUUAAUUAACACUGUGUCACAAUUCCAUUCUACAGCAUAAAACCAUAAAAAUAUAUCUAUGUGUGUAUAUAUAUCACUCUUGCAACAGCUUCCAUCCAGUCAAUAUUUGGGCAAUAAGCCAACAUAGAGACAGUUUCAAAUAUUUUUUGAAAGGUAGCUGACCUUUAUUUUUUUAUUUUUUAGGGAUUUCUAUAAAAAUAAGAUCAAUUAAAAUGUUCCCCAGCAGCUCAAUUAGGUUAACCAGACCUUGCUGCUGAAACAGCGUGUCAGUAUGUUUGAAGUUUACCUACCUUAUUUUAUCCUCAAAAUCCAAAUGACCACUACUCUAAGUCUGUACUCUCUCUUUUCCUGAGUCUUCCUGAUUAAUCAGCCUCCAAAACAAGAAUGUAAACUGUCAUUAAUCCCAGCAUAGAGGCUGAGAGCAAAACAAACCCAGAAUACAUUUAUGUCAGGAUUCAGGCACAGAGAAUGUAAUAUUCUUCUUCCAUUUCUCCACUUUCCAAACUCUGGAAUUCAACAGAUUGCUUGUUAAUUCUGAGUUUUCUGUUAGGCCAGUAACAGAAGUGGCAGAGCAGCAGAAGACAGUGAUGGUAUUUUCAGUUCUUCAUUUACUGGGACUUAAUCAAAAUACUUGCCCACUAGAUAGUUGCUUAUUCUGAAUGUGAAUGUAAACUUUGUUAUAUGGAUAGGUAACUAAGAAAGUGCAAGUUUUAAGAGACAAAUGAAGGAAUAAACUGGUUAAAUUUGAACAUCCCAACAAAGACAGCUUCACAUGAAUAACUUCUAUAGGCACUAAAGGACAGAAAUUACCUGUACUGCAGCUAGCAUUCAUUCUGAAUUACUCUUCAAGUAAGUUUAACAGAAGUUAUCCCAGAAGCGAGUGCUCUUCUCUUAAAAGUUAUGGCUGAGAAAUUGCCCAGUGCUGCAUCAUCUAAUGACAAAUGGCCUCACUUAAUGAAAAAUAAAUGUUUUUCACAUGCUAGGAGGCUCUUUGUACAACACUAGCUGUUGCAUACAACAGUGCUGUACAUAGAAUAUCUGACUGGGAGCUAUCUGAACUGCAAACCUAAAACGGGUGUUCAAAUCAAGCUGACUGUAUUUUCUGAAAUGAAAAUCGCUUUGAAAUGAGUCUCAAAGGAUUUGCUGGUGCUUCUUGGAUGAAGCAGUUCAGCUCAGCUAAUAAAAAACUCUACUUGCAUACCCUGUGGUUUAACGUACUCCUGGGAUUUGCCUCUGGAGAAGGGGUAUAAAGUAUCAGCCAAUUUGGUAAAAAAAAAAUCACUGUUUAGGAAGAAAUAGCAGUGGGCAUCAUCUUUUCUGAAAGUAUUACUUGUUCUUUUGUUUUGUAAUCUCAGUUGUGUUAAAAGAGGUCCUCAUGCUGCAAAUAAAACAAGGAUACAAAGUGCAAGUUCAUUAAAGUCUAGUUAUGUGGAGCUUCUGCUGCCUGAAGCCAGGAAGGGCACAGAAAUUCAUAAGGAACCUUCUAAAUAAACAGAAGGAAGAAACAAUUGAAAGUAAGAUAGGAAUGCUAUUUUUAAUUAUUAAAAAUUUAGUGGUAUUAUCAAGAAUAUGUUGGCUAAAAUGUAUCUUUACCAAACACCACAUACUCUUCUGUCAUAUUGUUCAAAAAGCCAUUACAGUAGUAACAGCAGAUUCAAUGUGCAAAGAUUUUGGAGUACAGAGUCCCAGCAUCAUGGAAGGUGUGCUACUUCCUCCCUGAUACUCCCACUCUACCCUUAAAAGGUCUUGAAACAUAACUAAAUGUUAGCCAUAACUUCCAGGGGUUGGGGAAGGAAUGCUAAGUCACACGUGACCCUAAGAGAAUCCCUCCAGUAGCAAAAAAAGAAAAAAAAAAAAACAAAAAGAAAAA